ACACCAAUGAGCCGCACCGUAACAAGGCCCAAAGUAACCAGGAAGUAGUCACAGCGUGGCAUUGAGAGUGAAUAUUGAGUUUACCAAUGUCACUGCGGUAGGUUCCAUUUAUGAAUUGUCAUCAUUUGUGAUAUUGAUCCAAAUUCUGUGAAGUAUACUCAUUUGAAUGUUCCUCCUCUUGUGACUUGUUAGGCACCAUGUGGCCUGUGAUAUGGGCAGCAGCCAGGACUUAUGCUCCUUAUAUUACUUUUCCAGUGGCACUUGUAGUGGGAGCAGUAGGAUAUCAGAUGGAAUGGUUCAUUCGUGGGACCCCAAAACAGAUUGUGGAAGAACAAAGUAUCUUGGAAAGGAGAGAAGAGAGGGCCCUGCAAGAGGCUGCUGGAAAAGAUCUUACCCAAGUUAUUAGUCUUAAAGAAAAAUCUGAAUUUACCCCAAAAGCUGUUCUGAACCGCAACCGACAGGAGAAAAGUUAAAAUUGAAAUAUUUAACAGCAUCUUUAAUUUGAUUGAAAAUGUAGCACAGGCAACUCAUCCAAAUGUCUGUACAACUAAUCUCUCGGCAUGAUGUAAUUUCUGCACCCUUUAGCCACAUCUGGGGUAAUUCCUAGCGGUUCCCAAACUUGACUGGACCAUAAAACUCAGAGGAUUUUGUGCACAUGGAAUAUCUGAUAAAGACACAAGUGGCUAUCACAGAACACCUAUUCUGUCCACAUUUGUUCCUUGAUGCUGGAUCCACAUUAACAUGAAAUAUGUCAAUUAUUUCUUUUUCUAAUUUUAGUUUUUGUGUUCCUAGUAACAUAAUUUUUUGACUUUGACAGUGUGUUUGUGAUUGCCUGUCCAUGCAAUUUUACUAUGGGUCUACCAUGUUCUGAAUAAACAUAAAGAUUUAUGAUAGA